AUGUAACACUGAACUGAUCUGUAAAGCAAAUGAUGGUGUCUCGUGGAUUCAGUCUGAUGUUGAUUAUACCAAUCCGUGCUCCUAUACAUUAGCGCGUCAUCUUCCCACAUCUGUAGUGCUGCACGCGGGAGUCAUAACUCCUGAUUUCAUACAGUAACUUAUUUUCUUGUGACAUUGCUCCGGGUCACAGAGCAGACAUUAAUCAGGCAGUUGAGAUGUUGAGCUCCAAGCUGCUGACCCUGGUGCUGGUGGUGCAGCCGGGAAGGGUGCUGCUCGGCAUGAAGAAGAGAGGGUUUGGGGCCGGGAAGUGGAAUGGCUUUGGGGGAAAAGUUCAACCUGGAGAAACUAUUGAAGAGGGUGCAAGGAGAGAGCUGCAAGAAGAAAGCGGCCUCACGGUGGACGCUCUCGAGAAGGUCGGAAACCUCAAGUUUGAAUUUGUAGGAGAAACAGAGCUGAUGGACGUCCAUGUUUUCAGAGCUGACAGUCACAAUGGAGAGCCAACAGAGUCAGAAGAAAUGCGGCCUCAGUGGUUUGAAUGUGACCAAAUACCCUUCAGUGAAAUGUGGGCUGAUGACAUCCUGUGGUUCCCACUGAUGCUCCAGAAGAAAAAAUUUGUCGGAUACUUUAAGUUUCAGGGUCACGAUGUGAUCCUCAGCCAAAAACUGGAGGAAGUGGAGGAACUGUGAGACUUCCUGUGUUUCUGAAGACAUUUAUGACUGCGACAACUAGAAAUCCCCCGUUCAUCGUUCAGUUUCAGGAGGCAAAGGAAGACUCUGUGGACUAAACCUCGCACAUGAAGAGUUUUUACAUGUAACAUGUUACUGAUUUCUUUUUGUAAUGAUGAUGAUGAAUACAAAAACAAUCAAAGCAGAA